AUGACGGAGCCAGCAAGACCAGAAUCAGGAACACAACGACCGGAGGCAGUGCUGAUAAACCCAGGUGAGGGCAAAUCUUCUGGUGAAGUUCUGAGAUUUCUGCGCUCGGGGCUUCAACCGGAGGAUUUGGGCGCAGUAGUAAAAGCCACAAGGACUGCCAGAAAAGGUGGUCUUCUUAUCGAGUUCGAGGGACCUGUCAAAAAUCGCUCGACACUCGGAAACAAGAUCACCGAAGCAGCCGGAGCGGUAGGGAACGGGCGAUCCUCAGAACACGUGAUGAGUUCUGGACGUAAUGCGUCCUUUCGGGAGGCAAUCCAAAAGAAAAAUAGCUAA